GGAUGGCAUAUUUAUGUAUGGCAUAUUUUAGAAUACAGUGACCUAUAAUGAUGUGCAUGUCGACAUCACUCAGGAAGAGUGGGUAUUGAUGGAUCCUUCACAGAGGAAUCUCUACAAAGAUGUGAUGCUGGAGACCUUUAUGAACCUCACUGCUAUAGGCUACAACUGGGAAGAUCUUGAAGUUGAAGAACAUUAUCUUGUACAAGCUGAUACAAAUGGGCAUGAAAGAAGUCAUACUACAGAGAAAUCAUCUGAACACACUCAAUGUGGUCAAGUGUUUGUACAUCAUAGUCAUCCUCCAAGGUAUAAAAAAAUACAUACUGGAGACCAACGCUAUGAAUAUAAUCAAUAUGGUAAAGCCUUUGCAUACCCUACUCAUAUUCAAGUACAUAAAAGAACACAUGCUGGAGAGAAACCCUCUGAAUGUAAUCAGUGUGGUAAAACUUUUGCUUAUCACAGUCACCUUCAAGUACACGAAAGAAUACAUACUGGAGAGAAACCCUAUGAAUGUAAUCAGUGUGGGAAAGCUUUUGCUUGUCAUAGUAAUCUUCAAAAGCAUGAAAGAACACAUACUGGAGAGAAACCCUACGAAUGUAAUCAGUGUGGUAAAGCUUUUGUUCAUCACAGUACUCUUAAAUUCCAUGAAAGAACCCAUACUGGAGAGAAACCCCAUGAAUGGAAUCAGUGUGGUAAAUCUUUUGCUUAUCACAAUCAUCUUCAAGGGCAUGAAAGAACACAUACUGGAGAGAAACCCUAUGAUUGUAAUCAGUGUGGUAAAGCCUUUGCUCGUCAUAAUGCUCAUCAAAGGCAUAAAAGAACACAUACUGGAAAGAAACCCUAUGAAUGUAAUCAGUGUUGUAAAUCCUUUGCUUAUCGUAAUACUCUUCAAAGGCAUAAAAGCACACAUACUGGGGAGAAACACUAUCAAUAUAAUCAGUGUUGUAAAUCCUUUGCUUUUCACAAUACUCUUCAAAGGCAUAAAAGAACACAUACAGGAGAGAAACCCUAUGAAUGUAAUCAGUGUGGGAAAGCGUUUGCUCGUCACAGUACUCUUCAAUUUCAUGAAAGAACACAUAUUGGAGAGAAACCCUAUGAAUGUCAUCAGUGUGGGAAAGCGUUUGCUCGUCAUUGCUAUCUUCAAGGGCAUGAAAGAACACAUACAAGAGAGAAACCAUAUGAAUGUAAUCAGUGUGGUAAAGCUUUUGUUCUUCACAUUACUCUUCAAUUGCAUGAAAGAACACAUACUGGAGAGAAAACCUAUGAAUGUAAUCAGUGUGGGAAAGCCUUUGCACAAAAUGGUACUCUUCACGUGCAUGAAAGAACACAUACUGGAGAGAAACCCUAUGAAUGUAAUCAGUGUGGGAAAGCCUUUGCACAAAAUGGUGCUCUUCAAGUGCAUAAAAGAACACAUACUGGAGUCAAACCCUACGAAUGUCAUCAGUGUAAUAAAGCUUUUGCUUGUCGUAGUGAUCUUCAAAGGCAUGAAAGAACACAUACUGGAGAGAAACCCUAUAAAUGUAAUCAGUGUGGGAAAGCUUUUGUUCAUCACAGUACUCUUAAAUUCCAUGAAAGAACACAUACUGGAGAGAAACCCUCUGAAUGUAAUCAGUGUUGUAAGUCCUUUGCUUAUCACAAUACUCUUCAAAGGCAUAAAAGAAUACAUACUGGAGAGAAACUCUAUCAAUGUAAUCAGUGUAAAACCUUUGCUUUUCACAAUACUCUUCAAAGGCAUAAAAGAACAAAUACUGGAGAGAAACCCUAUGAAUGUAAUCAGUGUGGGAAAGCUUUUGAUCGUCACAGUACUCUUCAAUUGCAUGAAAGAACACAUACUGGAGAGAAACCCUAGGAAUGUAAUCAGUGUGGGAAAGC